CAUUCGUUGUAAUGCGAUGGGAAGUCACUAUGCCUUUUACGUCGAUUCUCUCCCUUUUGAACACACAAGCGGCAGACAGCAUAGCAUCUGUCAGUAGGGUUACUGCAGUGGAUGCAUGUUCUAGCAUAUCGGUGAUACAUGCUGUGCUGAAGAAGGAGUCCCAGGGAUUAUUACAUACAUUCAAUAUGACGGAAACAUGCUAUUCGAAAGAAGAAGAGGAGACAAUUGAUCGUGUCUUGAACUUCACGACAGAGAGGGGAAUAGAUAACGCAACUAUUAUCCAGAGAUUUGACAAGAUAAGUGAAGAAUACGAUGAGGUACAGAUUACAAUCCGUUGGACCGGGCCUCAAUGGAUGGGUGAGAGCGUGGCAUGCCAGUAUCCUAGCAACCGAGGGAAUAUCAGGAUCCUGGAUGUAGCUGCCGGUACCGGAUUGGUAUCUGUUGAGCUGAGAAAGCAUGGAUUCGUGCACAUCGAUGGUCUUGAGCCGGCCGAAAGAAUGCUUGAACAGGCCAAGAAGAAAAACUUGUAUGAGCGAUACAUCUGUGAUAUGCUUGGGGACAACACCCUGGAUAUAGCUGAUGACACCUACACAGCUGUAACAAUGUCUGGUCUGAGUCGAGAGAUCAUGAAGAAACUCCCAGUCAAGGCUCUGGAGGAGUUGGCGCGUGUCACCAAACCAGGUGGGCAUGUCAUGAUGAACUCAUACGACUACAACUUCGAAAGUGAAAUACUUCGAGCGAAUCUCGCCAAUCUUGAAUCUCGCGGGAUCUGGAAGUUGGAAAGCAAGCAAGCUCGGCAACACAUCUCCAACGGAGUUGGCGGUCUUCUGCAUAUCUACACGGUUCUGUGACCGAAACGCAACAUUCAACAACUUAACCUGGAUUAGUUGCAAAGAGCUUCAUUAAUCUGCUUGUAAUUGUAUUUAUAUACCAACGGGAAAAUUUAGCUGUGCUUAAAAUUAAAGUGGUGUCAGUGUUAUGUUAUUGAAUAUAACAACAUACUGUUUGGUCAUUCGUCUCAUCAAUAUUUUAUCAUAACAAAACCCGUACCUUGUAACGUGAGACAGAGCGACACGCCCUAAAAGAGGGGUGGUGUAAAACAUUCAGUUAACAAUGAUAUCCCGUGUGACGACAUUUGCGUUGAUACAGUCGAGGCAGCGGCGGCGCAUUGUACACACCAGAUGGUUGAAGACAGCCUGGGGGAUGCUGUACCAAAUGUCAACCAAAGAUUGGCCCAACUGAGCUUGCGUUACCGGCUGGGUCUGGUCCUGUCGUAGGCGUCGAACCAUCUCAUCCAAGAUAUGUUCUAUGGGGGAGAAGUCUGGAGAUACAGCCGGUCAUUGCAGUACAGAAAUGUUAUGCUGCCUCAAUAUGUCUGCUACAACAUGUACAAUAUCCGGGCGGGCAUGUUAUCCUGCUGCAAUCUGACGUUACGCCCCUGCAUUUGCACACAUGGGAGAGCAUGAUCUCGAACGAUGUCGAAUUAACAAUGAUGAAUUCUCCGAUGAGUUAUCAUGCCACCCAUACCAGUUCAGUUCAACCCCAAACGACAUUGAGCAUGUAAAGCACAGUCACUUGUCUUCAUCAAUAUGUAUUGAAAGAUGCAUUAUUUAAUUUCAGAAUAUAUGAAGCACAGUUACUUUUCCCCGUUAGUAUAUAAUUUAUCCAGACAAACUACAAACGUUUUAAUAAUGUCCUACAUAACUAGGAUAUCACGAGAAAUGCCUGUUGCCUGGCUUCAUGUAGUUAUUUGAAAGUUCGUUCCAGGUGAACGCUUACACUCGCUGCAGCGGUCGUAUGCUGUGGUUACCGAUUUGAGUUAAUCAACAAUAGGUGUUUAUAAUUACUGAAAAGCCUACAUUCUUAGUAAAAUAUUACAUUUCGAAAGAGUUAAUAAAUGACAUAAAAGAAGCAUA